ACGUUGUAGACCAAUGUAUAUAUUUUUUUUUCUAUAAAAUGAAAUUUGAAAUCACAAAUCUCCAAACAAAACCUUCAUCUCUGUAAUUGGGCGUCCAUUUCCAUUUGUUUGCUUAGUUGUAGGUAAAUUACAGUCUUCAUUUCUAUUCUAUAUUUAAUCGCCUGAAUUAGAAAAACGCCAUUUUUUGUUGAGAUUAUCGUUUGUUAGUUUGGUUUCUCUGCGCUUUAUGAUCUGCGCGAGGAAUCAAACGAUUCUAAUACCGAGGGAGUUCCAAUUUGUGCCGAUUUUAGGAUCGAAUCGGUCGUCUUCUUAUGUUAAGAAACGAAAAUCGAACUGGGUUUCGAUUGGAAUUCGAUUAUCUGAAUUCAGGCCGAUUUCGUUUGUAAAAAGACCAACGGCGAUGGAAUCUGCAUUGAAAUCUAACGGUGCGACGUCGACGUUGAUUUUGACCUCCGGUGUCAGCGGCCGUGUAAAUGCUCUGUUCUCGCUCCGAAUGUGGAGGAGCUUGUUGGUGUUGAUAAAUGCUGUAAUAUUGGUCCUUCUGUUGCCUUUUCGGUGCUGGAAGCGGGCGGUUGUCGUCACCUCUUCUUCAUCGUCGUCUUCGUCUGGGGAGAAAAUGAAGGAUGAAAGGUCGGAGAGGAAAGGACCAGUGGUGAGGGUACCGGCGGCGAUUGUGUCCCGGAGGAAUAGUAGUUCUGGUGGGCUUUCAAUGGCAGCUACCGACCAGGCCGUGGCGGCAAGGAGGGCCCUAGCGAUUCGGAGAGUAAUGCAGGACGAUGAUUGCAAUUCGAUUAGGGAUUUUUCACUUUUUGUCUCUUCAAGGGGAGACACCAUAUUUACACAGUCGUGGACUCCUGUUUCUGUCAAAAUAAGGGGACUGGUGGUUCUGUUGCAUGGGCUCAAUGAACAUAGUGGCAGAUACAGUGAUUUUGCGAAGGCGCUGAAUGCUAAUGGAUUUAAAGUUUAUGGGAUGGACUGGAUUGGACAUGGUGGAUCUGAUGGGCUGCAUGCAUAUGUUCAUUCUCUUGACUAUGCUGUAUCAGAUAUGAAAUCAUUUCUUGAAAAGGUUCUAGCUGAAAAUCCAGGACUUCCAUGUUUUUGUUUCGGACACUCUACUGGUGGGGCAAUAAUCCUGAAGGCAAUACUAGAUCCGAAGGUUGAAGCUCAUGUCGCAGGUGUGGUGCUAACUUCACCUGCAGUCGGCGUUCAGCCAUCUCACCCAAUUUUUACGGUACUAGCACCAAUUUUAUCAUUUUUGUUGCCAAGAUACCAGUUCGGUGCUGCAAAUAAAAAAGGAAUGCCAGUUUCACGGGACCCUGAGGCGCUAGUGUCCAAGUAUUCAGAUCCACUAGUAUACACUGGGUCCAUCAGAGUAAGGACCGGCUAUGAAAUUCUUCGAAUCUCAUCCUUCUUGCAGCAGAAUCUGUGGAGACUCCGAGUUCCUUUUCUAGUCCUCCAUGGCACUGCUGACACUGUGACCGACCCAGGAGCUUCUCAAAAACUGUAUGAAGAAGCCUCCUCAACUGACAAAACAAUCAAGUUGUUUGACGGGCUUUUACAUGAUCUCCUAUUUGAACCAGAGCGAGAAGAGAUCAUGCGAGACAUAAUUGAAUGGUUUAGUUGUAGACUAUAGUGCUAGAUAUAUGAGAAGUUCUCUAACCAGGAAAAGAAAAAGAUUUGAGAAGGAACACGGGGGGGGGGGGGGGGUGGGGAGUGGUCUUCCAAUUGGAUCAGCAUUUUUAGUGAAAUGCUUGUAAAGGUCUCCGUUGAAGUAGAUGAUUUGGUCGCGUCUUAAUAAUUUUCUGACAUAUAUGUUGAAAACCUGGGAGUGUUGAUUCUUCAUUGACCAACUUAUUUGGUGUUCUAAGCACAUAUUUCAUCUGCACAAGCCUUCAACUUUCUCUGGAAAUAUGAGGAUUGCGUACUGAUGUGUGCAGCAUUUCCGCUCAUUGUUGUUGGCAGAAUGAAAGUUCCUGAUGUUAUGUACCCUGUUCUCUUACGUUUAUUUUCCAUGAAUAAUAGACAGGCUAAGGUUGCAGGCAAGUUGCCUACAGUCCUUGCCUUCUUGUGCCGGAUAUCA